AUGGGGUGGGCAUGGGCGAUCUACGAGAGCGUCAUCGUUUUGGGGUCACUGAUCCUACUGGGUUGGACGGGGCUAUGGUUCCUCAACCAAAGGCUCUACAAGGAGUACGAAGAGAAGCGCGUACUAGUCCAGAUCAUCUUCAGCGUCGUCUUUGCUUUCUCUUGCAAUCUCUUCCAACUCGUCCUCUUCGAGAUCAUCCCUAUUCUCUCCAAAGAGGCAAGAUGGAUGAACUGGAAGCUGGAUUUGUUUUGUUUGAUACUGUUGCUGGUUUUCAUGCUGCCUUAUUAUCAUUGUUACUUGAUGCUUUGCAAUAACGGUUUAAGGAAGGAACGAGCUGCACUUGGAGCCAUCUUGUUUUUGCUGGCAUUUCUCUAUGCCUUUUGGCGCAUGGGCAUUCACUUUCCUAUGCCUUCACCUGCUAAAGGUUUCUUCACCAUGCCGCAAUUGGUCAGUAGAAUUGGGGUCAUUGGUGUUACUGUCAUGGCUGUCCUAUCUGGUUUUGGAGCUGUAAAUUUGCCAUACAGUUACUUGUCGCUCUUCAUUAGAGAGAUUGAGGAGACAGAGAUCAAGGCAUUGGAAAGACAACUAAUGCAAUCAAUUGAGACUUGUGUUGCAAAGAAGAAGAAAAUUAUUCUUGGUCAAAUGGAGAUGGAACGCAUUCAAGGAUCAGAGGAGAUAAAGGGUAGAUCCUUUUUUAAACGAAUUGUUGGCACAGUUGUACGAUCUGUGCAUGAAGACCAAAGGGAACAAGACAUCAAAAGCAUGGAAGCAGAGGUACAAGCUUUAGAAGAGCUCUCAAAGCAGCUAUUUUUGGAAAUCUAUGAGCUUCGGCAAGCGAAGGAGGCUGCUGCUUUUUCUCGAACCUGGAGGGGUCACAUGCAGAAUCUACUUGGCUAUGCCUGUUCAGUCUAUUGUGUGUACAAAAUGAUUAAGUCUUUGCAAAGCGUUGUUUUCAAGGAGGCUGGUUCAGUUGAUCCUGUGACUAUGACCAUAAGCAUAUUCUUGCAGUUCUUUGAUAUUGGAAUCAAUGCUGCAUUAUUGUCGCAGUAUAUUUCGUUGUUAUUCAUUGGAAUUUUGAUCGUUAUAUCAGUUCGAGGAUUCCUAACAAAUCUAAUGAAGUUCUUUUUUGCAGUUUCCAGAGUUGGUAGUGGAUCUUCAAGUAACGUUGUACUUUUUCUGUCUGAGAUUAUGGGAAUGUAUUUUGUUUCCUCAAUUCUUUUGAUAAGGAAAAGCUUAGCAACUGAAUACAGGAUCAUCAUAACAGAUGUCUUAGGAGAUAUUCAGUUUGACUUUUACCACCGUUGGUUUGAUGCGAUCUUUGUGGCCAGUGCUUUCCUUUCUCUGCUUUUGCUUUCUGCACAUUAUACAUCUCGCCAAGCUGACAAACAUCCAAUUGAUUAAUGUAAUUUGUGGAAAAUUACUUGUACAAUGUUACGGUUCGUGGCCAAAACAGGUACAAUAUUCAGCAUUGUUGACAUUACAAGGUGAGCUAUACGGUGGUUGGGUAACUCGGUUAGUGCCAUUGCGUUGUUCAUUAUUAAUGCAUUUCUUGUUCCUGAACUCAAUUCGACUAAGCAUUAGUCUCAACUAAUUGAGUUGUCUAUAUGAUCCUCCACUUGGCCCUAUCUAGGUAAAAAGUUCUUCAGUAAUGUUGAGAAAAGUUAUUCAUCACCUUAGGACAAUUUUUUACGUGAGCAAUCAAAGGAUGAUGGUUAGUGAAGGGCAAUACAAUGAAGCAAUAUCUGACAUUGGUCUGAUUUUUGGGUGGAAUGCUCGUGUAUAAAUUUUUUUUUUUUUGGGGUAUGAAAGAAAGUAGUAUCCAAUUACUAUGAUGAAUGAUACUGCAUUUGUAAUAUACGGUUUUGUAAAUUCAUUAAUUUCAAAAUGGCUAUUCUUUCAAUGUGUAUGAAGUAAUAGAAAA